AUGAGUUCAUCCCUGGCAUUUCAAUAUCAGCUGACGGACCCGGAUCGUACUGAGGUCGAACUUGGUGCCCAACUAGCCACCCUUGGUCUUGCGCUACAAAAUACGAUUGGUGAUGGCAACUGUCUCUUUCGUGCUCUCUCAGAUCAGCUAUAUGGAACAGAGGGGUAUCAUCUCCCUCUCAGAGCCGAGGUCACCAAUUGGAUGGCUGCUCAUCCGGACCGCUACGCUGGAUUCGUAGAGGAUGACCGUGGGUUCGAUGAACAUCUUAUAUGUAUGCGACAACCUGGCACAUAUGGGGGCCACCUUGAACUCAGCGCGUUUGCUCAUCUCAAACGCAAGAAUGUCAAGGUUAUUCAGCCUGGAUUGGUGUAUGUGAUUGAGUGGAACACGGGCGCUCCGCUCAGCCCGGUGGAUCGCGCUUUUACUGGGAGCGAACAAGAGCUUCACCCCCCGCCCUCACCGAGUUUAGAAAGGGAGCAUCGUCGUGUUAGACGCGAAAAGUUACGAGAAGGCAAAGAGAAGGACAUAGAUUCUCAUCCAUCUCUGGGUGACACUGUUUAUGUUGCAUACCAUGACUGGGAACAUUUCUCGUCCGUGCGUACUGUAUCUGGACAACUCCCACUUCAAGCGAUGGCGCCCACGACCACCAUCCCAGCAGGGCCGGAUGCUGGUCCAUUACCGCAACCGUCAGUUGCACCAGCCACCGCAACAAUAAGCCUAGAAACACCCCCAUUGCGUGCGAGACAAUUACGAGGCCGACCGCGAAAACAGCCCCAAUCAGCAUUAACUCCCAUUCCUGCAACCCUUGAUACCGCCGUGCCACCCUCGACAAUCAUCACUGCCCCAACACCCACCGCUCCUUCCACAGUUCCCCUUCCUCGCUCGCUCACCCCAUCUACAAACUCCUCAGCAGACGACGCCAACUCCGCCUCUUCAACAACCCUAUCACAAUCCACUGCUACUUCAUCCAUUGCACCUCUUACACCAUCUGACUCUGCUAGCGCCCUCCACGUUCAUUUGCAUGAUUCUAAUGCUAAAGGACGAUCACCAAAACGAUCAUUAGAAUCGAUGGAUGAAGCACCAAGUGACGGGAGCGAUCCGCGAGGUGCAAAACGUCGUGCGGGUGGUUUGUCGGGUCUCCGAUCAACAUUAAAUGCACCGAGGGGAGGAGAUAGUGUCGUCACACCACCUCUUUCCUCUUCAACCACUACACCUGGAUCAUCCCAUCCUCCUCCUUCCAGGGGGAGUUCGAUAGGUGCAGAGAUGGAAGAAGAUGAGGAGUCUUCAGAACUUUCGUCUUUGGAGGAUGUCGAGGAGAUGUUACAAGGAGGUGAGAGGGAGAGUAGUACUAUUUCCCCUGGGUCUAAGCCCCCAUCCACUUCCUUAUCGUCCCCUUCGACACCUUCAAAAUUACCGACGAAGAAGGUAGCGGGAAGGCGAGUAAAGAAGGGGAAAGUUGAUUUAUUAAGCGGGGACGUGGACCCGGCGAAGCUGACGAGAAGACAGAGGAAACAGUUCGGGUUACCGAAACCUCGGUUGAAGAGGGUUAUAUUGACUGUAAAUGGAAAGAGACCUUCUGAGGCUGGACCGAAACCUGGGGAGUCAAACGGCGCGGGUGCAAUUGGUGAAGUGCAAGCGGAGGCCGAGCAUGGGUGGAUGAAGAACGGGGCCGGGCGAUUAGAUGUGAGAGGGUUUAGGGAACUCAAGAUAUGA